GACGCGGCUGACGGGGGCGGAACCACGCGGCGGUGACGCGUCGCCUGGUUCGGUGUCGCGCCGCGGCAAGCCCGCACCGCCAUUGUUUAUCGCUCGGUCCGCAAGGCCACAGCGCUGCGAGCAGACGCUUCCCGGGAGCGAUGUCGCGCUCUGGCGCCGGGAGAAGUUCAGCGGUGGCAGUGACUGCACGCGCUGACGUCAGCGCUCCGAGAAAGGUGUGCAGCUAACGGAGCAGUGAGGGCGAUAGCGUGUGCCCGCCAGAUUCGGCUGCACCGACGGGCGCGGAACGUGGUGAGUGAGUCGGGUCUGUCUUUGUCGGGUUACGUAACCUCACCACGCACGAGCGCACGGCUUGGUGCCGACAGCCCAUAGCCGGUGGACGCGCCGCGCCGGCCAGACCCUCGCCGCCGCCAUGGGCCCGGAGGAGUUCCGUCGGGCGGCUCAUCAGCUGAUUGACUACGUGGCUGACUACCAGGAGACGGUGCGCUCGCGGCCGGUGACGCCGGACGUACGGCCCGGCUACAUGCGACGCCUGGUGCCGGCAGCGGCGCCCGAGCAGGCCGAGUCCUGGCCGGACGUGAUGGCCGACAUCGAGCGCGUCAUCAUGCCGGGCAUGUCGCACUGGCACUCGCCGCAGUUCCACGCCUACUACCCCGUCGGCAAUUCGUACCCGGCGCUGCUGGCCGACAUCCUGUCGGACGCCAUCGGCUGCGUCGGCAUCUCGUGGGCGUCAGCGCCCGCCUGCACCGAGCUCGAGGUGAUCAUGAUGGACUGGCUGGGCCAGCUGCUGCGGCUGCCCGAGGAGUUUCUGUUCAGCGCCGGCCGCGGCGGCGGCGGCGUCAUCCAGGGUUCGGCGUGCGAGAGCACGCUCAUCACGCUCCUGGCGGCGCGCUCCUGCAAGGUGAAUCAGGUACUGCGCGCCGACGGCGUGGCCUGUGAGGACCACGACGGCGUGGCGGUGACGCCGGACCGCGCUGCGCUCCUGCCGCGUCUCGUCGCCUUCGCCUCGGACCAGGCACACUCGUCGGUGGCGCGCGCCAGCCUGCUCUCGGGCCUGCGCAUCCGCACGCUGCCCUCGGACGACGCCGCGUCGCUGCGAGGCCCGACGCUGCGUCGCGCCGUCGAGGAGGAGAUUCAGGCCGGUAACAUCCCCUUCUUCGUGCUGGCCGCGAUCGGCACCACGGCAUCGUGCGCGUUCGACAACCUGCCGGAGCUGGGACCGGUGUGCGAACGGUAUGGCCUAUGGCUGCACAUUGACGCGGCGUACGCCGGCGCCGCCUGCAUCUGUCCCGAGUUCCGGCCGCUGCUGAACGGACUCGAGUACGCCUCCUCCUUCAACUUUAACCCGCACAAGUUCAUGCUGACCAACCUCGACUGCUCGGCACUGUGGGUGCGCCGCUCGCGCGACCUCACCGACGUCUUCGAGGUAAACCCCUUGUUCCUGAAGACGCCCGCCUCCGACAUGCCGUCCUACCGCCACUGGGCCAUUCAGCUGAGUCGGCGGUUCCGCGCUCUCAAGCUCUGGUUUGUCAUGCGGCUGUACGGCGCUGAAGGGCUGCGCGCACACGUCCGUCGCCAGGUGGCGCUCGCCAAGGAGUUCGAGGGUCUGGUGCGUGCCGACCCACGCUUCGAGAUCGCCGCCCCCGUCACACUAGGCCUCGUGUGCUUCCGGCUGAAGCGGUACGGCAACAUGAUAAACGACCAUUUGCUCUCGCGAAUCAACGGCGCCCGUCGCAUCCACAUGGUGCCGUCUAUGCUGCCCAACGAGACGUACGUCAUCCGCUUCGUGGUCUGCUCGCGCUACACCGAAUCGCGUGACGUGCAGCUGGCGUGGAGAGAGGUGCAGCGGCACACUGACGAGCUGCUUAGCUCGACGGAGGUACUCAGCCGCGCCAAGAUGCUGUGGGGCAGUGUGCGCGCCGCCAGCAUUGGACUGCGCCUCUUCCACAGUUGGCACUCGGUGUAGCCAGCGUCGGCCGUGCGUACGGCUAACGCAGCGCCUUAGCUGCCCAGUGCUGCCAGUCCUGUGGUUCUGUGCGCCAUCCUUUCCCCCCGGGCCCCUUCCCGUCACUCUCCCAUCGUCUCCCCGUGCCACUCGCCGGUGCUCCCCCUCCCUCCCCCCGCCGUCCUUGCCUGCGUUUCUCGAUGGUCGUCUCCACUGGCCGGCUUCCAUCGCCCGCCGUCUUCACAUCGCUCUCCGUCACUUGAGCUCAUCAGUCGGCUGACGUCGCCGUCCUCGGCCAAGGCCCGCACCGGGCACGCGCCGCCCAUCGGACGUCAUCGGACGGCAGUGCGGCGCGGCGUGACGCGCGCAGCCUCAACAAGUCACAUCCGACGCGAGGCAGGCGCCGUAGCCAGCCGAUUGAAUAUCCGGCCGGCCGCCGGGCGCCGGCGGGAGUCGCUCGCACGGCGCGGCUAUCGAACGUCCACGACACCAAACACUGGCGCCUCCGAUUGGCCAAUAUUUGACUGAGGGAAAUGUUCGCACCCCACUAUGGCCAAAUGGUGACUGGGGGCAACGUCUGAGCCGUGACAGUGAUGGACGGCGUCUUGAAUGGAAUGCUGGCGCCGCGGCAAUGUCAGAUGACUGGCAGGAAAUGUGUGUAUCGUCGUGGUGGAGCUGGACGACGACCGGCGCGAACUGCGGCCAUCAUCCCAAGGGAAAACAUGUGCACGUUGACAGACCUCACCACACCGAGUUAGAAAGGUUCGCGCCGUGCGAUAGGCAAUAGGGAUUAGGCUGGAAAAGUUUGCACCGUGCAAGAGCCCAAUCAUAACCUGCAACAAAUAUCUGAACCGCACCAAGGUUCUUUACCAACGUUUGAAUCUGGCGUGGCGAUGCGGUUGUGUUCAUUUCCCAAAAAGUCCGCACAACAUUUGACGGGGCUUGGCCCUCGCCGAAUGAUCACCGAAUGAUCGUUCCAGCCAACCGGCCUAAUGCUCCAUUGUUGCCAAGCGAAGUGAAACGAUCACUCGUGAUGGACCGAAGUCUGGUUCGUUUAAGAUGCAUUCGCCCCGCGUUUUUAAGAACAAGAUAUUUGCAUCUACGACAUUGUACUGUGGUGUGUCAUGCCUCGCAGAUUUGUGUGAAUUUUACACUUCGAGCCCUCAAUAUGCAUCUCCGUUGACGUUUUAGCUUGGGCUCAAGUGAUUUUGGCCGUUCGAUUGUCUUAUUGCGUUCAAAUAGGUCCAUUGGCUGGUGAGAAAUAAGAUUGACGAUAUAAGUAAGAAGAAUGUCAUGAGUCGGUGGCUUUCGUCGUUGUGAGACAAAACAAGUAUUACCAAAAUGCAAUAAACG